GGAAGAGCGAAGUUCAAGGUGCAGAGCGAGAGAGACGGAACAAAAAAGCUGAUUUGCUGUUCUUCAGGUUGAAAUUGUAACAGCCGUUGAUGGGAACGGUUACCUAUCUUGCACGAUUUUUUUUGUUCCAUACGAUUGAUACCUCCUGAAAGAAGCUUCAUGAUCAUAGGAUUCCCACAUUUUACAGUGCUCCUGCAAGGGUUGUUUGUAAGAGUUGUCCGUAAUUUGAAUUCAUAAUUAGAUUGUAUUUGAUGGAAACGACUAGUUUCAAUAGCAGAAGAAAUUUAAGAACUACAAGAGCAUUGAUUCCUUUUGUAAUUUCAACCAAUUGUUCAUGUUAUUGUAUCUCCACUAGCCUCUACUUUUUUUCUACAAAUUGUAUCCUCCUAAGUACGAGGUUCUUCGAGGACGAUGGUCCCGCUUCAGUGUCUCUAGUACACGAUUAGACUUUGCUGUUGUUGGCUGGUGGUCUAGGCUGGCACGAAAACGAUUCUGCUUACGAGCCAGUAACUGCAGACAAUACAACGGACGAUUCAGCCGACUGAGCUGAGACCACGAAAGUACUUCCAACUGCAACAGGAACACUAGUCCUCUACUCCACGACAGUAGUACAGUAGCAAAAAUUCUCAUAUUACAGGUUCGCGACAACACCUCUUUCCUCAACACCUCUUCCCAUACGACGAAACCUCUUCCCAUACUCUCACAUCAAGAAGUCUCUCGACUCGUCACACCAAUCACUAGCACCCCCACCCAAGAAGAAAUAAAACAAGAUGGAUUCUCUUCUAGACUCUGGCUCUUCGCUUUUGUCCCUUGGCGACAAUGUCUGGGAAAGUUUGUUGGGUGGGGAGACAACCUCAACCUCCACCAACGACUGGAACAUCUGGGACUGGGCUGCAGCAGAGACUACGCCUCAACAUUAUGGCUUCGUGCGACUUGUGCGACUUGAGAUCAUUUUUUUUGUGGUGGAAGGUGGAAUCUGUUCAAUUCAUUCUGAAUUAUUCCACAGAGACUUAUUUUUUUCUAAACCAUAGAUGUAGAAAAAAAUUUCGGUCAUGAUUCCUUCUUGCUGAGUUCGAGAUGCUCUAACAUGAACAGGACCAGGACUUGAUGCAAACGCUUCUGCUAGAAAUGACACGAUCUGAUGAAGCUGGUCGAGGUCUCUUCGGAUCGCAGAGUCAGGCGAACAUUAUGGUGCUGUAGUCGUUGUAGUUUUUCUAAAAGAAGGAGAAGCACGGCAUUUUGAUUAGUACCCUUUAGUUUUUUCGUGUUGAAGGAAGGUUUGACUUUGCAGUUUGGAAGAAUUACUACUUGCUACGAGAUUUAUUAGAUCAGGAGUUUCGUACUCCUACUUUCCUGCUUCAGUGAUGUAUUUUUUUUUCUAGUUUUGAUUUGUCGUUCUAGUUUUGGUUUAUCGCUCAAAUUUUUAUUUGUCGCACGACCUAUCCCUUGUCCUCGUCCUUCAUUAUCCCCACAAGCGGACUUCCGAUUUCGGGUGGACCUAUUGGAACACUUGGAGAACGGAAAAUGGGAUCCUCUAUCGCAGAUUCUCUAGUGCAAAGCUCAUUGUUACUGGGCUUGCCCUAUUCGCGUGGAGGUAAUGUUAUGAUGGAAUGAGCAAUGGAACAUAAAUGCUGUGAAUGAGAACAACACUAACACAGUAGCUUGACACAUCAAUUGAUAGAAUGAUAGUGAGAGCUAGAAGAACAACAUCGAGAAAUCAGAAUUUCAAAGAACUACGAAUAAGUGUAGUUAAUAUUCAGUUUAGUUUUUUAAAAGUACUUCAUUGUUCCUACUGGCGCUGACGGUCUUCGUGGACGCGGGGGCAAGUUUGGAGCAGGAGGUGGGAUGAACUACGGCUGUGCUAUCGGAAAAGGCAGCGCGUGGCUGAGUAAAGGCACCAGUACUGGCUAUGGACCUUACGGAGGACAGGAACGUCGAUCAUGGGGCAGACAGGUCGGACCUGCAACUUCUAGCCAGUACCAUCUUUUAGCCGGAGGUAGUGGAUCAUCUUCCGCAGCAGGUGCAAGUGGAAUGAACAAUAACCAACAUGGUAAUCAACAACAUUCGGGUUGUUUUCAUCCUGGACUGAAUGGCGUCGAUCAUUUAGGAGGUGGAAAUUCAUCAUGUAAAAACGGCGCAGGAGGGCCAGCGUGUGGACCAAAUAACAAUCCUAACUUGGUCAGACCCGGAACCGGAACCAUCUGUCGCAUGGACAGUUUGGAUUUUGCAACAGUGAUAUGGCCGCGCCAUUUUUGAAGUAGGAUCUAGUUUAUUUUGCAAGCUUUUUGGGACAAUCAGGAUUGAAAACGAAAAACUAUAGAAGAUGAAGAUCAACAAUGAAAAAGGCAUCUUCAACAACAUCUGUGAAAACUUAAAAACUUCCCGUCAAACGACCCAGUUUGUCUGAAUACUACUUACUUAUAUUCCUCCUCUCGCUAGUGCUAGUCAAUUUUCUUUAGACCAACACCAAGAACAUUUUUUCAUAUCUCGGUCUCCCGUUCGUGACGAAGAGUGAGGCUCCGCCUCGCAGUCCCGCUAGCCGUCAGAGCGCAGUUUUGGGGAUUCCGGUUUUGGUCACAUCGAAAAGCGGCGCCGAUGAUGCGAACAAAACCUUCUCCGCCUGUGUUUCGCCCUCACGCCUUCGCGAGUUGGAUACGGUGGAUGCGAGGAAGCGACGCCUGCGUAGCCUCUUUGGCUCGCAAGUUGUAGUCGAUUCUAUCAAUGGAGCUUCUACUCGUAGUACAACAGGAGGAACAGGUGGAGCAAACGGAGCGAAUAACACCACUACGACAUCAGGUACUGCAGGUAGUGCCAAUGCCACAACCACGACAACAUCAACUACGGCUGAGUCAUUGAGUGCUUUUGUCGCAGAAUUCUUAGCUCCAGAGAAAGACAAUGGUACAACAUCUACUUCUACAGCCGGAGAAGAUAGUAGUACCACCGAUCACCAAGAUGGGAAAAAGAAAAAAGACACGGAUAUUGGAGGACUGGAUGAAAAUAAGACUUGGUCAAACAAUGAUGAGGAUGCGAAACCGGAGAGAACGGAUUCUUGUGCAACAACCAAUGGAGAAGAGGAUGGGAAGGGGACGACUACUAUCGACGCCACAGGGACAGGAGACGGCUCUGACAUGUUGACCAAGAUGCAUGUAGUAAAAGAUGAACCUCAUCUUAACGCGAAUCAGCAGGAGGAUGUUACAAAAAGUUGCGAAGACGCAGACAUGCUGCUAGAAGACGGACGCAAAACUCGUAGCAACAGUGCGGAAGCUCAGCUGGCUAUGUCCCGAACAGUGUCCGCAGUUGAAGAUCAUGUUAUGGCGCGUGAACAAUCGAAAUGUUGGACUGGAUACUGUACUUAGUUAUCUAAAACGUUAUCUCAGAGGUGAGCUGGGCUAUAAUUUUUCUAAAAUAUUAACUGACUAUGACUAAAAAGUCAGUGAAUAAGUAGUUCGUCGGAAAUUUUUUUUCCAUCUUCGUUCAACAAACUCUAAGAUCCGUCGUCUCCCCACACUUCUCGAGACCGUUUGUGGCGCUGACGAUCGUACGACGAUCGGACGCGAACCCAAUUCAGGGAAACAAGAAGAAUUUGAAUUACUCUACCUAAAAGGCAUGAUGCGUGGGAAGAUGCGACCUGGAGUCCAGAUCGGGAUGCCAAACGGCCCAAACAGCGGCUUCAUCAUCUACAAUCAUCCUAAUGUUGACCAACAACUUCGUAGAAGAGAUGGUGCUGUUGGCUCGGAGGAAAAUAGUCGAAAGAAUUCUUCACGAGGCGAAAGGAAUGCCAGUAACAGAUCGUCAUCGUCGACAAGUAUCGCGGCAGCAUUCAACGCGGCAGCGGCAUUGGAGGUAUGGUCUUGGUCACUAUAUUGAUUUCAGUUUGUAGUGAGCGUCAGGCGAGCGAAAUUGCGAACUCUUUGUUCGUGAAAUACUAAAUAGUCGACCUCGACGUCAAUAGAAUCAAAUACAUUUUGUUCUUUCUCCUGGUUACUUGCAUUUUUCUCUUGAACAACGAAGCAUGAUUCUAAUAGCACGAGAAAACAACCGAGAGAACAGUGGUUAUAGGGAUGGAGGCGAGUUUCGCCGGAGCCGUUCUGCUAUUCCAACACCACCUGGGAUCCUUCCACCACCAAAGCGUGGCUCAGGGAAUCAGUCUAGUCCGAACGCCUCUCCUGCACUGAUGGAAGCCAAUGCGAAAGGUCUCCUAGACUCUCUACUACAACAGGACCCGCUAAAGAGUAUGCCUCAAACGGAGAUUGCCGCGUCAGCGAGUCUGGUCUUGGAUCCGGAUAAUCAAGACAUGUUGUUACGGGAGGACUUGAAUAUUGCAAGGGACAUCAAGGUUUUGUUGGAAUGAUUUUAUACUGCCAGAGGAUUUUGUUAGAAUCUUCUGGAUAGAAAGAGUACACGUGCACUCAUCAAAAAAACAUCUUCUACGUUCUUCCCACAUAGAGACAUCUUCUUCCUAUAAUUAUUCCCCUCUAAUCUCAACCGGCAACAAUGUAAACGCCGAUCACAUGCGUCCAGUCGCUGAUCCUUUGGCUGCGCUUCUAGCAUCAGCAGUGGAUGCCGCAAAUCCAUUUUUGGCUGAUUCAAAGAUGCCGGAAGAAGACGAGCCUCCGAAAGCAGCCAGAAACGAAUGCUCUCUAGCCAAGACCUUUGGAUUAUCAUCGGUGGCAGGAGUAGAUCAGUUAUUAUGACACACAGGGAAAAAUUAGAAUUACUCAUACUCAACAUUAGACUCUUCAAAAGUAGAUUGCAUUACGCAGGUGGUUCUCAGGUUCUCAGUAGGAAACUAGCUACCUACUUCGUGUUCGCCACAGCUAGCUACUUCGUCGUAAACACGCUGACACCUUGAGGACUAGUAUGAGUAAACACUUUUUAUUCGUCUUCAUACUUGUCAGCUACAACAGGAGCAGAAUUAUUGCAGCAGCCGAACAGUGCCAGCAAGUUGGCAGAUAUAAUCUCUUCUGCUGUGUUGGCGGAAGGAUCGUCUGCGUCGUCAAAUGUGCUCUCUUCGCUCCUUGCGACAAGUCCUGAACUGUUGGAAGCUGGUGACUUACUCGAAGUAGCGAAUCUACAACCUAAAAAGUCGGCCAGUCGGGUUUUGGCAGUACCCCCGCCAGGAAGUUCGGGACCUAGUUCGCGUGUUUUAUGGGCUUCUGAAAUGUGUUUUUUGGGUCGAAAAUUUUUGAUUUUUCCUAAUCUUGUCGAAGUGCGGCUUGCUUCUGACGAGCCUAGUAAACCUACUACUUCCGACGUCAACCCCUCUCUCUAACUUUCGCCUCUCGUGUAGCUUCGCGUGUGGCUAGUCGGUCUCCGCAGGAUCGAGGUGUCUUGCCUAUUUCAAAGACGACGUCACGGUCUCCCUCCGAACUACGAAACCGCGUGAUCCAAACCAAAGUCUUAUCGGUACCACCGCCAACUAGAGCAAAGAGUGGCGCAAAAGGUGGAGCAGCGGGGGCUGCUGCAGGAACUACUACAUCAUUAAGGAAGGUGGGAUAACAAGAAUAAGUGCUUGAGACGACCCUGCUUCAGAAGUACUUGUUUGUUUCUUUGUUUUUUUUGUUUUGAUGCGCUUCGGGCGACGCGUACGAUCCCGCCGGAUUUCUUUGUGCUCUGUGUGUGUGUGUAGUGCUAUGGUCGUCAUUGCGAAGUACUUCCAAACUCAUUUCGAAAUAUUAUGGACUUCCCACAACAAAACGCAAGAUUCUAAUAUCCUCCUCGUCCUCGUCCCUGCUGCUGACAGACUGUGCAACGAGUAGUCCAGCAUUGAACAACCCAUUUGAAAGUGUAACAGCAGCCGCAUUGCUGCAAAGUCCAGAGAUUCUUGCAGCUGCUGACAGAAUAGAAACAAUGACAGGUACUGAAGAUUCCACUUGCUUUUAUGUUUAAGUCCUAAUCAAUAGUAAUUUCUGUGAUUUAUGUUUCUUUUGGGUGUUGGUGCGUAGUGAUUGCAUUUCUGCUAUCGAAUCCCGCUGGGGCGGUUCUCAGUGACAGACUAACCUAAGCUGGUUGCGAGAGAUCGACAGAACCAAAUUAGUUUCGUGCUUUUUCGUAGUUGGUUCGUUUUCGUGUUUCAUUAUAGAAGUUCUUCUAUGGAGAAAUCGUAAUGUUUUCUCACCUUCAGCAGACGAGGAUGUCCUGAUGGAAGGAUGAGCGGGAAGCAGCCCGCGCGGUGGAGAAGAGGGGUUUUGGGAUAAAAAAUCUAUUUUCUCGUCACAUUAUAAGCAAUGGUUGCACUGUGUUAGAUUUCGUAUCACGUCUUCGAUUUACGUUUACCAGUGGAAGUUCAUCUAGUUGCCGUUACUUUUGUUCAUCAGAUUUACUUUUUGUUACCUUUAAUCAAUGCUUUUACAGGAAUUUUUUACAUCUUGAAUUUACCGUUGUACAUCAGGAAUACAUGAUUUUUAUCUCACUACUCGAUUAACAAUUUAACAUAUGGCACACUUACAGGGUAGUAUCCAAGAUUUAUUUUUAGGAGGGAGGAUUGUUACAAGCAGUCGCUAGUCAAUUUUUAUUUAGAAAGCUGUUACGGUUACAAUAUCAAUAUCAUCGCAUCUUUCACAAUAGGUUUUAGUUCUCAUUGCGAAACUUCGUUACUUUUCUGCUUCAUUAUCACGAGUUAGGAAUUGUCAUUUUUGACUUACGGGGGAGCUCAAAGGGCUUUUUUUGUACAUUCACAUCUGAUCAACAUGUAUCUGGGGGGAUAGCAAACAUUUAAGAUGAUGUUCGGAGCAAAAGGUCUCUGCAUUAUCCAAGUCAUAUUUUUUUGUAUCCACCAACAACGUAGUUAAAAAUAUGCGUAAGAAGAACUCGAACAGAAUCAUAAAGGUACUACGUAGUAUACUGCGGACGUGUGGUCGUGAAUGUGAAAAGUAAGAGCACCAUCGACAUGUGUUGAAGCAAAAAGGAAAAACGACUCUCGAAUUUUAGUAGCACCUUGAACUUGUUUUGAACAGUCCGCAACACGUAUUUGUUUAGAGCGAAUUUAUUCACUACAUCUGCAAAUGUCUGCGAAAAAAGUUUAACCAACAACGCUGUGUCCACAAUUAUGUCAUACUUGAGGUGGCUUUUUAGAAAUAAAGUCUGUCAUGUGAAUGAAUGCCAUUUUCAGACUAAUGCAUCCAGUUGUUGUCCUGUGGAUAUCCAGUUGUCCUGUAGCUGUUGGGGUAAAACGAAGAAAUUUAAUUCAUCAAAUUUACCUGUGAAUCGGUAGGGUCCGCGGUUACAGGAGAAAGGCGCAAGUUCACGCUACCCAAUGGCUUAGUGUUUAAGCUCAGGCAUUUCAUCCUCUUUCUGGGCCUCAAGGUUGACAGGAAUUUCAAUCUCAGUAUUUUUCUAAUUCACAUGCAUUUUUUUGCAAUGUCAACAAGGAAUAACUCCUCUGAAUUCAUACACCUGCAAGAACACGAGAUCUUUACCCACAACGAUCGCUUUUCCCCGACUAGUUUUUUCUCCGUAGAAAUAGGAGAUUCAACAUAUAAAAUUUUUCCACUCUCCCUCAUAUCAAAUUUUCCUACUCUGAUGAUGCCUCUAACCUGUAGUCCUUUUUUUGAAAUAUUUUUAGUUGUAGUGGGGAUGUUUUGUAGUUGUUAGAAUAAGUUGGGUAGGUCACGACGGUGAGGUAGCAUCUUUUAUGUGUGUUGUAUUUGGUGUAGCAGCUAUGAUCGUCGAGAUUGAAAGUGUCCUCGACGUGAAGGUAAUUCUAUUAGUUCCAUAUCACAGUAGAGGGUGAAGAGUUCAACAGAUCGAAGAUUGAAAGAUGUUUACUAGAAGAAUGUAGGACAAGAACUACUUAUUGUUGUUACAUUAUUUCAGAUCGGGCACAGAUGUUGAAGACACAGAGAAGAUCCAAGUUGGAGGGAGAAACCAUCCUUGAUAGUGAUUGAACAGCUUCUACAAGAUCCAAUGUCGAUCUAUGAAUUG